GUUCACAAUUUUCAUUAACUGCCCGCUCCUGGCCCCUAAAUCAUGGAUAGAUGAAAAACCCGAUGGGCCCCGGAGCCAGUUCGUCGUCUAUUAUAGGAACUGUUUCUCCCACAAUGCCCCUGCGUGUACCAAAUUUUCUGUAAACCCACAGAUAUGUCCAGUCCCUUUGGUGAGCCGCCCAAGGGCCUCAAUCUCGAGGAGGACAGCACGGGGAGAAAUGAUGCCGCCGUCGUCUGCAUGUAUGCCCUGGCCUUUGUGACCAUUGGCUUUCGGUUAUUUUCCCGGAUAAAGGUCCAGCAGGCCAACAUAGGGCUUGAUGACUGGCUGAUAGUAGGAGCACUGUUAUCAGGUACUGCCAACAUGGCUUGUGCAAUAGCAGGAGGACAUUAUGGCCUUGGGAAACAUGUUUGGGUUGUCACUCUAGAUGAAAUAAUCAACAUGGUGCAUAUACUAUACGCCAACGUGCUCCUCUAUAUCCUCACCGUUCCCCUCAUCAAAGUCUCCAUCAUACUAUCAUAUCGCCGACUUUUCGGUAUGCAGUGGACCAUGUGGGCUUGCAUCGCCCUGUCCAUCGCCUACUGGAUAGGUUGCUCAGUCGCCUUUCUAUGCUCCUGCCAACCAGUCUCAUAUUUCUGGACACAAUACGAAAACCCUCUCGGCGGUUACGUCCGAUAUGAUAUUUACCCGUUCUACAUUGCUCAUGCCGUCGCCAACAUGGUCGGCGACCUUCUCAUCCUUCUCGUUCCAAUUCCGCUAGUCUGGCGCCUGAAGUUACGAGUGGGACAGAAGAUCCAAAUUCUAAGCAUCUUCCUUCUAGGUGGCUUUGUGUGUGUCGCCAGCGCCAUCCGCAUCUACUACUUCACCUUCAUCAAUGACGUUGACGUGACCUGGAACCUGGGCAACGUUUUUAUCUGGUCCAGUGUUGAACCAUCCAUUGGAAUUGUCUGUGCCUGCCUCCCCGUCCUCCAGCCCCUUUUCCGAACAAUUAUCAACCGCGGGAGCAUGCCAAACCGACCCACCACAAAAGGCGUCCGCUUCGCACCCGAUAUCAUGAGCAAGAUCCACGGCGACGAUCGGAGACAGACACGAGAAGAUGAAGCCGUUUUAACAACAACGUCAGUACAUAUCGAAAUGGACGGUGCAGGCAAGGGGAGGAUCAGCGAUGAAGAAGAAGCCAUGGGGUACGAUCUAAUGUCUAUCAAGGUGCAAAAAGAUUUUCAAAUGGAGGAAGAGCAUCGUCGAUAACUUUUUUUAUGGUGUUAUGUUGCGGGUGUUUAUCGGGCAUCUUUUAUAUUUUUGUUUUGAUCGAUCGUUUAGCGUAUAGGUGGGGUUCUUUUCAAGCUUGUACAUACAUAGACUUACUUACCUCAAGGUACAUACCCC